ACGAGAAACAAGAAAGAAAACAUUCACUUUCUCAUGAAUUCUGUUCACAAGCACCCAAACCCCCCGAACUGAACCAAUCUUUAUCUUAACUGUCAAACAUCAAAUCCUCUUCGAAAACCCUAAUUCUCUUUACUGAUUCACGGAUCAACACCCAACUAAUGGCUGAAGCCCUAAGUCCAAACCCUAAGCAGAAGAUGGUUACAAUGGCCCCUCGCAUCCAGUCUCCGAUAAGUUCAUUCUUCCUUGGCUCCAACGACGACAAGCUUGAGAGAGCCCAAGCACGAGCCGCCAGAGCAGCUGCUAUUCGUCGCAAGUCCCUGGCCUUCGCCCAUGCACCCCCACCGCAGGACGUGGAUCCUUGCCUUGGAAAAGAGCAGAUUCUUGAGUUGUUCCACAAUUGCAUCAAACUGGCAAGUGAAAAUAAGAUCAAUCAGAAAAAUACAUGGGAGUUGGGUUUGAUCGACCAUCUCUGCGAGAUUAUUAAGGUUGAAGAAGAGAAUGAUGUGGAGACGAAUUUCCAAAAGGCAAGUUGUACUCUUGAAGCUGGGGUUAAGAUUUACUCAUUGAGGGUGGACUCAACACAUUCCGAAGCAUACAAAGUCCUUGGAGGAAUUAAUAGAGUAGGCGAAGAAAAUGGACAAGAUACUACAGUGGCGGAGGACAAGAAUGGUAGUGUGGAAGAUGAAGGUCAGUCAAAGAAAGAGGCAGAAAAAAAGAUAUCCCCAUUAUCAACACUUGAAUCAUCCUUCGAGGCUCUUAAUGUAAAGAAAUUUGAUGUUGCAUUUGCAGUGGACCCACUGUAUCAUCAGACCUCUGCACAGUUUGAUGAAGGUGGAGCCAGAGGUCUGUUGUUGAACAAUCUGGGAAUAUAUGGUGAUUGUCAGGUGCUCUUUGAUUCACAAGAAAUACCAGGGAAAGCAAAUUCAUGUGCACAUCAACAUAAUAAAUCAGAGAUUAUUGAUCUUUCUUUUUCCAAAGAAUAUGUUGAUCAGAUGGUACUCAAUGUGCAAAUGAAGGAAGAGAUCUCACCAUCUCUCAGGAAUAUAGUCAAUCAAUUUGAUGAAGAUAAUAGAAGACUAUCGGAUAUUUUUUCUCUUGUCCAGAAAUCAGUGGACAACAUUGAUGGUGCAUAUGAUAAUGAAAAUGAUUAUGAUGAUGGCGCUUCUGAGAAUUGUGGCACCUACGCUUUUGAUCAUGAUGACCAACCAAACAUUAUUGAGGAAAACCAUACUGUGGAGCCAACUUUUGCAAGUUACAAUGAGGAAAUGGAGCAAUUUUCUUCUCACAGUCCUAAUGUGGAUGACAAAUUUGAGGAAGUUGAUGAAUAUUUGUUUCUAAGUUUGGGAUUUUCAAAGCAAAAUGCCUGGGCAGGUCCAGAUCAUUGGCAGUAUCGAAAAGCUAAAAGUUCUGAAGAUCAUCCUGUUACAGAAAAUGAAUCAACCGUACCGACUAAGAAAACAAAGAAUAAGAAACAAGUAGGGCCUGAUAUUGAUUUCACAAAAGCCUUGGCUGAAGAAAUGCCAGAUAUCUUUGCUCCUCCCAAAAAUCCCAAGUCAUUACUUAUGCCUGCAAAUAGAGCAUUUUCAAACACAAAACUUCCAGAAGAUUGCCACUAUCAACCAGAGAAUCUUGUUAGAUUAUUUCUUCUGCCUAAUGUAAUGUGUCUUGGAAGGAGAAGAACAAAGUCCUCAGAUGGAUUGAAGCCGCAAUGGGAUGACACUGAAGCAUUUUCAACUUGUGGUGAUGACAAUGUAUUGAAUUGUCAAUUUGAUGAUGGAAAUAGUUAUAGCGAUGUGGAGGACUCCAAUACUCUAGUUUCUCAGCCUCGUCAGGUCAAGAAAAUUGAUGUUCAGUUUGAUAAAACUUCUAAGCAAGUUGAUGUCCAAGCACUGAAGGUAACUCUUUGGAACCAUCUCCAGGAGUCUCCUCAGUUAGUUAAGAUUAAUAUGUGGAUGAAUCAACUAAGAGGUUAA